CUCAUUAUUUAUUUGCUUUACUUUGCUUUUCUCUCCCAUAUAUUUGUCCACUGUCAAUCUUGUAUAGUCCAUGCGCAUUCUUGUUCUCACAAACCAGAAAAGGCAAAUAAGUCUUACCGUGGUGGUCACCGGAGUUGUUUGUGGUAGGAGUUGAAUGGCGGCGGGGUCAUCAUACGAGAGAUCACUGGAGCAAACACCAACUUGGGCGGUGGCACUGGUUUGUACAGUCUUUGUUAUCAUCUCUGUCAUAAUUGAACAUGGGAUUCAUUCAAUUGGGAAGUGGUUCCAAAAAAAGCAGAAGAAAGCAAUGCUUGAAGCGUUGGAGAAAAUAAAAGCAGAGCUCAUGCUAUUAGGGUUUUUAUCGUUACUAUUAACGGUGGGUACAUCAUACAUUGCAAAGAUAUGUGUUCCCGAAAAGAUAGGAUACAAGAUGCUUCCAUGUAAACCAGAAUAUUAUAAAAGCAAAGGUGAUGGUAGUGGUGAUGAUGAUGAUAACAAAGAUCAUGAAGGAAAAAGUCGCCGGAAAUUACUUAAUUUAGCUGAAGAAAUGAUAUUCCGGCGAGUUUUAGCUGCAUCAAGUGAUGACGUUGGUACCUGUGGUAAGGGAAUGGUGCAGAUGAUAUCAUAUUCGGCCGUUCACCAGCUUCAUAUAUUCAUAUUUGUUCUUGCCGUCUUCCAUAUUCUUUAUAGUGUCGUUAUCAUUGGUCUUGGCCUCGCAAAAAUGAAGAAAUGGAAGGCUUGGGAAGCAGAAACUACUUCUUUGGAGUACGAGUUCACAAACGAUCCCGCAAGAUUUCGGUUUGCUCAUCAAACCUCCUUUGUUAAACGACACACGGGCCUUUCAACAAAACCCGGAAUAAGAUGGGUGGUGGCAUUUUUUAGACAGUUUUUUGGAUCUAUCUCAAAGGUUGAUUAUUUGACCAUUCGUAAUGGAUUCAUAAAUGCACAUUUUGCUCCAAGUAGCAAAUUUGAUUUCCAUAAGUACAUCAAGAGAUCAAUGGAAGAUGACUUCAAGUCAGUUUUGGGUAUAAGUAUCCCACUCUGGAUGUUCUCGAUCAUCUUUCUACUACUAAAUGUUUACGAAUGGCAUGCGCUUACUUAUCUCUCCUUCGUCCCAUUAGUGAUUCUUCUAUUGGUGGGUACAAAACUCGAACUAGUGAUCAUGGAAAUGGCUCAACAAAUCCAAGAUAAGGCAACAAUUGUUCGAGGAGCCCCGGUGGUGGAGCCAAGCAACAAAUUCUUUUGGUUCAAUAGCCCCCGAUUGGUCCUUUUCUUGAUCCAUUUUACUUUGUUUCAAAAUGCAUUUCAAAUGGCGUUUUUCUUAUGGACUGUGUACGAAUUUGGAAUACACUCAUGUUACCAUGAGAGCAUAGUGCAAAUUGGUGUUAGAGUUGGAUUGGGGGUGCUUCUUCAUAUCAUGUGUAGCUACAUCACUUUCCCUCUUUACGCCUUAGUCACACAAAUGGGAUCGCACAUGAAAAGGUCGAUAUUUGAAGAACAAACUUCCAAAGCUCUAAAGAAAUGGCAGAAGGCCGCAAAAGACAAGAAGAAAUUGAGAGAGCUUGGUGGCAGAUCGGUGGAUGUUUCAAAUUCUGGCUUGGAAAAUACACCAAGUCGUGAAUCAUCGCCUGUUCAUCUCCUCCAUAACCAAAAAUAUCGAUCAUCCACAGCUGAGAGUGAAAUUGACAUUCCAUCAUCUCCAAGAACUUAUACUUCAGAGGCAGAUAUCUCUGAUGCAGAAGGUUCAUAUCAUGCUAAUGAUCAUAACAAGAAUCUACAACGAGAUUUCACAUUUUCCAUGUCUUAGGGUUUUAUUAGGUAAAACAUUAUGUAGUUUUUACAACCAAAUACUUUUUACAUUUCUUUGAUUUUUAGUGGUAGUGUUUCCAUUAUUGAAG